AUGACAAUCCUAACUGCUUUUAUUAUUGUUGAAGCAAGUUUUAUAUUUAACCUGGUUGAGAGUACGUUCCAGGUGAAUGCAACCGAUGGCUCCUACGGCCUUGUGGUCAACAACAUCACGUGGCUGACCAGUGGCGAUACAUCUUUUAACGGCAAUGGGACAACAUUUUCAACGGUCAAUGGGACACUUAAGAUGCUGACCAGCUCAACGAGCAACGGGUCAGACACCUUCGGCCCCUGGUCAUCAUGGAGUUUCAUUUACCAAGCGGGGACGUUUGCUGUCAACACAACGGUUAAGACUUAUACUGACCCCAGUUUACAAGUAGCCGUGUUCACGCAGACAUACUUAGACACUUCAACCAACACGUCAGCACGAGAUAUGGACCGUGUGAUCAGCUCAUUCCCAAGCUUCAGACUGAGUCCAGUUCCCCUUCGUUCUGGGUAUCUUUCUUUUGCUGGGCAUAUGGUCGGAUACACUCGACUGGCCAUAGGAAGAUUUCUACCGGAUAUCAAUUUUCCAACUGGGAUGCAAGGUGGACCUUUAGUCAUAUUUGAUAACACCAGCAAUGCGGUGGUGAUUUCACCCUUAUCACAAUUUAUGGCCGCCUCCAGCUACAUCCAACAUGGACAGCAAAUCAACUGGGGCAUCAUGGGAAUGGUAAACGAAGUGCCCCGUGGAUACAGUGUCGAUUUUAUUGUUUACUAUAGCAACCAGGGAAUAAACCAGGCCAUGCAAGGAUGGGGCAAUUACUUGACCAGACUCUACAAGAAAUCCACAGCUCCAAGAGACAACGAUUUCACGGUACAGUAUAUGGGCUACUAUACUAAUAAUGGAGCGUACUAUUAUUACAACACAGAACAAGGCAAAAACUACGAGAGUACAAUCAUUGAUAUUGCUGGUUACAUCAACAAUAUCAGCGUGCCAUUCAAGUAUCUGCAGUUCGAUUCGUGGUGGUAUCUGAGAGGCAAACAUGACGGGACAAAAACAUGGGAGCCACAGAGAGAUAUAUUCCCACACGGUUUCCAAUAUAUCUAUAAUAGGACAAAGAUGCCGUUUGGAUGCGAUAACAGAUUUUGGGACGUGGACACAACCUAUGCCAAAUACAACGGUGGUUCAUACAACUUCAUACCCGACAGACAAUCUGGCUACGCUGUGCCUGACGAUUAUCAUUUCUGGGAAGACAUUUUUAACAAAACUCAAACCUGGGGCAAGUGCAUCUUUUAUGAGCAGGACUGGCUGAAUCUAGAAACAGACAAUAAUACUGUUCUUCACAGUGACCUGUUUGUGGGUCAGCGAUGGCUGUCCCAGAUGGGAAAGGCUGCGGAGAAUUUUGGUAUAACGAUCCAAUACUGCGGGGCGUAUCCCAGGCAUAUUCUUCAGUCUCUGGAAGUUCCAUCGGUAACCCAGGCGAGGGUAACCAGGGACUACGAGCAGGGAGGUCGCCGUCAGUGGAACACCGGGAUCACGUCCAUUUUUGCUGACGUUGUGAAUCUGGCUCCGUUCAAAGACACGUUCUGGACCACGGAGAGUCAACCCGGCAACCCAUACAAUAGAACAGAACCAAAUACACGUACUGAAGCAAUGUUGGCCACUCUCAGUACAGGGCCUGUUGGACCCAGUGAUGGCAUUGGUUACAUCAACAAGACCUUGCUCAUGAAGUGUUGUGAUGCCACUGGCCGAAUUCUGAAACCUGACAAGCCGGUCAAAGCUAUCGAUGAUCAAGUCAAAAUGGCUGCCUUCAAGUCACCAUACCCAGGACCCAUUGGAGAAGUGUACACAUCUUACACCAGGAUAUCCGGGUUCUUCUUCGGCAUCAUUGUAGUCCCACAACUGAACAACAGUUACUUACUGACGUCAGCCGCUGCUUGGCCAUUUCCUACUAGCCUGGCCUUUUCCGAGAAUGACCCCAAGAAACUCUUCGACUUUUCCAACACGACGCCACUUAAACUAGGGAAAGAAUGUACAGUUAGAAAUGCUUGCCUCUUCUACACCAGUCCAUUGAUACAGUUGAACACUAUUGUUUUGAUGGGGGAGCUGGAGAAGUGGGUCCCAAUGUCUGGGAAAAGAGUCAACAGUAUUCAGAAGACAGACGGGGAUGUCUUAGUUUAUGUCCUGGUUCAGGCGCAAGAAACUGUGACCUUCACCUACUACUCAGUUACCAGGAACCAGCUGAAGACUGUCCUGUGUGACAACACCAAGAGUUGGUCACCUGCAGAGAACUCAGUUAUUAGUCUUGUGUUCGGAGUUUGUACUCUCGGAUAG